AUGGCAUCCUCCUCAGGCGCAGCAGCGCCAGUAUUUUCAUAUGCACAGGCCGCAAAGGGCCUCACAUCGGCAGCUUCAACCCAGUCGGCGUCGAGGAACGAAAGCCCAGCGGCCUCUGACAAGAGUGUCAAGGAUCGGUCCGUGACUGAAACGACUAAUUCAACUUCCACACUCAAGUCUCCUCGACCGAGGUCUGAACCUGAGGACAAAUCGAGCGGGGAGGGCGCUGCAUUCAAGUCUUCGCCAGAAGCAGAGCGUUCUGCGUCCAAGUCAACACAAGAAGAUACAGACAAAGAAGGCAUAAUGCAAAUUCAGCAUGUUGCGACAUACAGUAACGCUGAGGCAUCACCUGUGGCACAUGUCGAAACUCCCAAUGUUGCGCCCCCCCAAGAUCAACAGAAACGUGAUGCUGCACCACAACUUCCCAAUGGAAGAUCAUUGUCUUCAGAAGAGCUGCCUGUCUCUACCUCAAACGACAAAUCUGCUCUUUCCGUCACUGAAAAGAAAUCCAAGGACGGCGAAGAUGACUGGGAGAAGGUCUCAGUACCUUCGAUGAGUGCGGAGACACAAUACAAAGCUGCCCCUAUCCCGACGGUCAACGUUUGGCAAGUGCGCAUAGAAGCUCAAGCCGCAAAGAUGAAAGGGUUGGAACAGCAACGAGCGUUAGUUUCCACCACCCCUAAUCAACAACCAAAGCCCAAAUCUAGCAGUGAAGAUCCUAAACGGAAGUCUCUCAGCAAAGAUAUUGGCGGUUCUGAGAAAGAAGGCAAGAAUGUCGAUGGCGCCAGAGCCGUCAACAGGAAAGAUAUGCCGUCCGCUCGUUCCUCUAGACCUGCUUCUCAGCAUGGCGAAAAGGGCGACUCUGACGCGCCGCCGCCGGUAGAUGACACACAGUCAUGGCCAACCCCGGAAAAUUCCAAUGUUGAAGAACGACGCAAAUCGGCUUCCUUCGAGAGGACGGAUAAGCUCGACGUCAAACCCGGUUCUCAGAAAUCCCACAGUAACAAAUGGGUCGCGGUUCCGUUCGUUCCUACAGCCAAGUUCGAAACACAGCUUCCACCAUCUGCGGCGCGACGAGGCGGAAGAGUGGGUGGAAGAGGAAGAGAUAACGGCAGUCGUGGGGGUGGCUAUGUGGGUUCUGCCGCAGAAAAGCAAGACGGGACCACCUCCAUGGGGCCACCUCCAGUACCAAGACAGUCUGGCGAACAAGACCGCGGCCGUAGACCUGAAGGGGAACGUGGUGCACGCGGUGCGUCCGUUCCCACUAGCAGCACUCGACCUACAAGUGGUGAAGAUAGAAAUUCUGCGUUUUGGAAGUCUUCCGCGGCCUACACCAAGGAUCAACCAGCAGCCGAAAACGUCCCAACGAACCCAACUGCACCUCAGCAGAAUCUUGAGGACCAAACUCCAAGGGCUGAUCACAGCUCCAGGUCUUCUUCUAGACAUACUGGGAACGUUGGCGGUCGGAUGAUUAACGGAGAAGGAAACACCUCAGUCGAACAAGUGACUGGCGCUUACAACCAGACUAGCGAACCCAUCGCUCGCUAUUCAUUCACUUAUGACCGAUACAAAGGUUCCGGAACAAGUGGAGCCCGAAGUACGGGUGAAUUUGGCAGAGACCGCGGCUCUGGCAGAAACCGAGACUGGCCUAGGGACAAACCUGACUCGGCUCGCGAGAAAGUUGAAUCCUGGCGGGAUCGGGAGGCCUCUGGUGAUCAGAGCAAUCGACGUGAGCCUCGAUCCGAGCGCGGACGUGGUUUUCGCGGCCGGGGCAACAACAACUACAACCCGCCAUUCACUCCGGCUCAUGCUUACACAUCCCCUCUUCCGCAAAAUGGAUUCGAACCUCCGUCAAGAUCUAAUUCGCAUACUGAGACUCGCUCAAGGCAAGCGUCGCAGCCUUUUGUGCCAACUCAAGCAUCAAACACAUCGCGCACAAACCCACGUUCGCAAUUCAUUUCUGUUGGUAUGAUGUUCACAGGCUAUUACAAUGGCAUGCCGGCCAUGCCACAAGGUCUCCCGACCAUUCAGACCGACAUGUCAAUCUAUGGUUACCCCUCACAUAUGCAGAUGCAACCAAGUAUCAUGAGUGCAAUGCCGUACAAUGAUCCCCUUAACUCGUACGCUUUGUUGUCAAUGGUUAUGACCCAGAUCGAGUACUACUUCUCAAUUGACAACCUUUGUAAGGAUCUGUUUCUGAGGAAGCAUAUGGACGGUCAAGGUUACGUCCCGCUCGGCGUUAUCGCGAAUUUCAAGCGUAUCAAGACUCUUACUGAGGAUAACAUGACCAUGGACAACCUUCGUUAUGUCUGCCAACAGGUGAAGAGCGUGGAGUUCCUACCGGGGACUGAUGGGGAUGAUCGACUCCGUCGUCGCGAAGGCUGGCGUGAUUUCGUUCUUCCCGUGGAGGAGAGAUUUGAAUCAGCCCGCAAUGAAGGGCCUUUGCAUAACCCGGAUUCUUACAAUCGCACAGCACCCCCAGACCAGGUUGGUCUACAUGAUCCGUCCUUUGCCUUCGGUCAAUUGCGUAGUCCGCAGCUGACCGUGGGUUCCAGCAAUGGAACGUUCCACGCAAAUUCGCCGAUGUCGUAUAUUCCUGUGCUGCCAACGGAGAGUCAGGUUUCCGGGGAGCCGCUUGUCCGCUCAUUCGAAGAUGGUUCUAGCGAUGGAACAGAGAGGCCUUCGCUCGUAUCUUACCAGCAUAUUGCUCCAGCUGCUGUGCAAUCCCCUCAGCAUCACGCUUCGGAGCCCCUGAGCAACAUUGUCAAUGGUCAUCGUCGACAGAGUUCCCGCGCCGACAUUGAGGACAACAUUUUCCCAGAUGAGCAGAUCCCGAAUGUCAAUAUCCGCAUGCAACCAAGCGUUCUCAAUGGCGCAGCCCCGUCUUUCCCCGGUAUCGCUCGCAUCCCUUCUGCUGGAUCUUCUAGUGGACAGAAUGAAGGCAACAAUGUGCCACUGGACCUGGACCAAGCUCGUCUCCCGAGUUUGCGCGGCGGAGCCAGUAGUCCACAGCAGCUCGAGCAGUUCCGCAGCUUAUCUUUCAGCGCUCCGUACACUAUCCCCACAGGCGAUGAGAACAUUAUCUACUUCACCAAAGAUGGCCAAGAAACCCAACUGCCGCCUCCACAGCCAGGGCAGUUUGACCAGACCUAUUUAUCACUCCAUGACAUGGCAUUCCAGCAGCGCCAAAUAGGAGUGGAAGGGGCUCUAGAGCCUCUUUACAAUUUCUGGACCGAUUUCCUUGUUGACAAGUUCAAUGUCGGCAUGUACCAGGAAUUUAAAACAACUGCCGCCGGCGAUUUGCAAGAAGGCAAUGAUAGCGGCAUGUCGCACCUUGUGCGUUAUUUUGGCAAGCUCUUAUCUGCACCUGUUCCGAUCAGUGAACGUCUUGCCUCCGACAUGGUCACUCUUUAUCGGGAAGAAAACCCCGAUAAACGUCUCAUUUUCCAAACCUUGCGAGCUGCCUGGCGCAACGGAGCCACAAACAUGAAAACUAUCAAAAGACUCGGUGACAUCCUCACUGCUGAGGAAAAGGCCGAACUCGACAAGAGUGGCUAA